UUUUGAACCAGUUAAUGCACUUGCUUAUGCUAGUAGAGAGGAAGAGAGGGAUGGUGAUGUACUGGAGGAAAGAGAGGAAGAGAGAGAGAUGGUGAUGCACUAGAGGAAAGGAAAGAAAGGAAGCAAUUCGUCCUAGUUAAUAGUUACAACCUAAUUUAUGCCUAAAAAAGCAAAAACACAUUCACUCUCACUUUUUCUUUUACAAGAUUUCUCGAUAGCUUAUUGCCUUAUUCCAUCUCUUCACACAACUUACAAAUGACAUUAUUUGGAUUAAUUUUAAAACAAAAAUUAUUUUGAGGGACCAAUUACAAAUGAAUUUUUUUUAUAGGGGCUAACUAAAUCUCUCUUUAUCUGUCAUAGACUAAAAACAAUUGAUUAAGCUUACAUCCUUUUACUAGUGGUUUGAGGGUGAAGGAAGGAGUAGGAGUAAUGGGUAACUGAAAACGGUGGUGUACUGGGAAGAAGUUAAGUUUGCGUCAACUAGCAAAGGUAUGCGCGGGAACUAUCACUUGAGAUUCGCAGUGAGACAAUUACAUACGAAACCUACCUGCAACUUUCAAAUUCAACUACCUAGGCCAACAUCAUCCUCCCAAAUUAGAGACAGAGAACAAGACACAGUUCAAUGGAACAAGGUCAUUUCUACCCACAUGCGCAAUGGCCACUGCGAUUCUGCUCUCCGUGUCUUCAACACCAUGCCUCGUCGAAGCUCUGUCUCCUACAAUGCCAUGAUAUCUGGCUACUUGAAGAACGCCAAGUUCACCCUUGCAAGAGACCUGUUUGAUAAAAUGCCUCAGAGGGACUUGUUUUCCUGGAAUUUAAUGCUCACUGGGUAUGUCAGGAAUCACAGACUUGGCGAGGCUCGCAAGUUGUUUGAUUUAAUGCCUCAAAAGGAUGUUGUUUCCUGGAAUGCCAUGUUGUCCGGCUAUGUCAGGAGUGGGUACGUUCAUGAGGCAAGAGAAGUUUUUGAUAAGAUGCCUCAUAAGAAUUCCAUCUCCUGGAAUGGGUUGCUCUCAGCAUAUGUUCAGAAUGGGAGACUUGAGGAGGCUCGCUGGUUGUUUGAGUCAAAGUCAGACUGGGAUUUGGUUUCUUGGAAUUGUUUGAUGGGUGGUUAUGUGAAGGCGAAGAUGUUAGGUGAUGCUAGACAGCUUUUUGACCAAAUGCCUGUUAGGGAUGUAAUCUCCUGGAAUACCAUCAUUUCAGGUUAUGCCCAGGAUGGAGAUUUGUCACAGGCUAGGAGAUUGUUUGAGAAGUCUCCAACCAGGGAUGUUUUCACGUGGAAAGCACUGGUCUGUGCAUAUGUGCAGAACGGGAUGUUGAAUGAAGCGAGAAGAUUUUUCGAUGAAAUGCCGGAAAAAAUAGAGAUAUCAUACAAUGCAAUGAUUGCUGGUUAUGUGCAAUACAAGAAAAUGGAAAUGGCAAGGGAAUUAUUUGAGGCAAUGCCUUGUCAGGGAACAGGUUCAUGGAAUAUUAUGAUAAGUGGAUAUGCUCAGAAUGGUGAUAUAGUUCAAGCUAGGAACUUGUUUGAUUUGAUGCCUCGGCGUGAUUGUGUAUCUUGGGCGGCUAUUAUUGCUGGUUAUGCGCAGACUGGUCACUAUGAAGAAGCUCUGAAAUUGCUUGUGGAGAUGAAACGGGAUGGGGAAAGUUUAAAUAGAUCUAUCUUUUGUUGUGCUUUAAGCACAUGUGCUGAUAUUGCUGCUUUGGAGCUGGGGAAACAAGUUCAUGGGCAGGUGGUGAAGACAGGGUAUGAGAAUGGUUGUUUAGUGGGGAAUGCUCUUGUUGGAAUGUAUUGUAAAUGUGGCAGCAUAGAUGAAGCUUAUAAUGUGUUCGAAAGAAUACAAAACAAAGAUAUCAUUUCCUGGAACACAUUGUUAGCUGGUUAUGCUAGGCAUGGAUUUGGCAGACAGGCUUUAAUAUUGUUUGAUUCAAUGAAGAUAGCAGGUGUUAAACCCGAUGAGAUUACCAUGGUUGGAGUUCUGUCAGCAUGCAGUCACACGGGCUUGAUAGACAGAGGAGCAGAAUAUUUUUAUUCAAUGAAUAAGGAUUAUGGUAUAACACCAAAUUCAAAACAUUAUACUUGCAUGAUUGAUCUUCUUGGUAGAGCUGGCCGCCUAGAAGAAGCACAAAACUUAAUGAGAAUCAUGCCCUUUGAGCCAGAUGCUGCAACAUGGGGAGCUCUACUAGGAGCAAGCCGGAUUCAUGGCAAUACUGAACUUGGGGAGAAGGCUGCUGAGAUGGUUUUUAAGAAGGAAACCCACAACUCAGGAAUGUAUGUCCUUCUUUCAAAUUUAUAUGCUGCUUCAGGUAGAUGGGUUGAUGCUGGUAAGAUGAGAUUGAAAAUGAGGGAAGCUGGUGUUCAGAAAAUACCAGGGUGUAGUUGGGUUGAGAUACAAAACAAGAUUCAUUCAUUCACAGUAGGGGAUUGUUUUCACACAGAAAAAGAUAAAAUAUAUGCCUUCUUAGAAGAGUUAGAUCUUAAAAUGAAGCGUGAGGGGUAUGUUUCUUCAGUGAAAUUGGUUUUGCAUGAUGUGGAAGAGGCAGAGAAGGAGCGUAUGCUCAAGUAUCACAGUGAGAAAUUAGCUGUAGCAUUUGGAAUUCUGAGUAUACCGGCUGGCAGGCCAAUUCGUGUCAUGAAAAACUUGCGUGUGUGUGAGGACUGUCAUAAUGCUAUCAAACACAUAUCCAAGAUUGUUGGAAGGUUGAUAAUCUUAAGGGAUUCUCAUCGCUUUCACCACUUCAGUGAGGGUAUUUGUUCUUGUGGGGAUUAUUGGUAAAAGUGGUGAAAUAUGGUGAAAAUUCACCUAGGUAUAAAUUGUAUCCUCCCUUGAGUUAGCUUAAGAUAAAUUAUACUCUUUUCAUAUGUAAAUAAUUAAUUACAUUGUUCUCUUCUUUAUUACAAA